AUGAGUUUACCAUCUACUGAAGCACAGCAUGUGAAUCAAGACACCCAGUACAUUCGUACACUGUUUCAAUCAUUGGACAACAACAAUGAUGGCAAACUGUCAAGGGAUGAACUGAAGCAAGGAUUUCGUAAGCUGCACAUCCCAUCCUCUGAAAGAAACAUCGAUCAGUUCCUAGAGGCUGUAGAUUCCAAUCAUGAUGGCAAUGUAUCAUUCGAUGAGUUCUCACAGUUUGUCAAUAAGAACCUAGUACAACUAAAGACUUUGUUCAAUGAUUUGGACACUGACAAGAGUGGAUACUUGGACAUCAAAGAGAUUGAACAGUCAAUUGACAGGAUUGGAUUGAAGCUAUACUCUGAUCAAGAGUUGGUUCGUCUGUUCCAAAGAGUUGACACUAACAAUGACAACAAGAUAGACUUUAAUGAAUGGAGAGAACUACUUGUACUAUUACCAAACUCAAACUUGAGUGCAGCAUUGGCCUAUUGGAAGGAUGCUCAGAUUCUUGAUGGCGGAGAUGAUGGUGGUGGCUUUGCUCCACCCCCAGCAACCUUGGCCCCACUGCCAACCACUGGGUCACUGGCCGAAACCACCAGAGUGGCCAUCAUCCGUACACUAACAUACAUGGGUGCAGGAGCUGCAGCUGGUAUCGUCUCACGUACAGCCACAGCACCAAUCGAAAGAGUUAAGCUCACCUACCAGCUGAACCAUGGUGCUCCCAGAUCCAUUGCUGAGACCUUCAGAGUGGUGUAUGCUGAUGGUGGUCUCCGUGGUCUGUUCCGUGGUAACUUGGCCAACAUCCUCAAGGUCAGUCCAGAGUCUGCCGUCAAGUUUGCCACGUUCGAGGCUGUCAAGAGAAUGUUUGCAGAGACUGACGCCGAGUUGACCUCAGCACAACGUUUUAUUUCGGGUGCCUCAGCUGGUGUCGUCUCUCAUGCGUCGCUCUUCCCUCUAGAGGUGGUUCGCACACGUCUCUCUGCCGAGCCAGUUGGAACAUACAGUGGUAUAUUCGAUUGUUUCAGACAGACGUACAGGGCCGAAGGAUUCAGAGCAUUUUACAGAGGCCUUACCGCUUCAAUCCUCUCGACUAUUCCACACUCUGGUAUCAACAUGUUGGUCUAUGAGUCGUUGAAGCAUCAAGUGAUCAACUCAAAGCAUGGAGAGGAUCCAUCUGCUCUUGAACUAUUGACGUGCGCAUCCAUCUCCUCAACGAUGGGUCAAUUGGUGUCAUACCCAAUUCAUGUGAUCAAGACAAGACUGGUCACUGGUGGUACCAAGGCCAACCCAGAAAAAUACAGCGGACUAAUAGAUGGACUGACCAAGACAGUGCAGAAGGAAGGAUUCAAGGGAUUGUACAGAGGAAUUGUACCCAACUUUAUGAAGAGUAUUCCAAGUCAUGGCAUCACAUUCGUCACCUAUGAGUUCCUAAAGAAUGCCUUCAACAUCAAGAAACAUGAAAAGCAUCACUAA